UACCUCGAGGCCUUAUCACAACAACCAAUACCAACAGUUGGAGUGUCCGCCACAGUCACCUACUCACCCGAUGAGAUUUCCAACUGCUACACAAACCAACCAAUUCCAGGUGGAACGAAAAUUGGUUACCUUGCUGGAGGUGCCAUAACACAAAUAGCGCGUGUAAGUGGUACAUCAGUUACUGCUACUACAUGUCCACUAUCGCAGACUAUGCUGUUGAAUGGCAUCGGUCCGUACGAGGAGUACACCAAAAUGGUUACGGUGUCCACCCGAGGUGGAUUAUCGAUGACGAGGUACAAUUGGGACCGAGUGGCAUCACAGUUACAAGCAACUCUCAACUUCAGAUAUCAUGUACUCUUCCGAUCACCUCUCAGAAUAGGCAACUAA